UUUCUGUGACGAGCACAUCUCACCCAACUACCCCGCAUACGUAUACGCGAUAUUUUUUGCAUCAUAAAUUCUACUACGGUCUCCUCCGACACGCCGAUUAAUACGAAGGACGGAGUACAGUAAGAGCACAAAGAAGGGUCGAAGGGUCCAAGGUCAGUGGCUAGACCACGUACUGAUCCAAGCUGGAUGGUGCAGUGCCUCGCAACAUCCAACCUCCCCAACCCGGAGACUGGCAAACCCCUUUGACAUCCGCAAAACUCGAUUCUUGGCCGAAACUUAUAGUUUCGCAAUCGCAUCCUUUCUGCGCUGAUUUGAUCCGGCCAAAUUGUGUUCCUUGGGAAUCUCGUCGACGCGUACGCUUGCAAGCAUGUCGGAUGUAGGAGAAGGGUACGCAAUUCUGCCAUAUUUGUUGUUAAACGUGCACCUUACCCCGCUACCAAAUGUUGGGAGGGGGAAAGGUGGCAAGGGGAAGAGCGAGAGCAGGAACAAUUUGAUAUACUAACAUCAUGCCCUAUCUUAGUAGUCUCACCCAUAAACGGAGCAAGUCCUCCGCCCUCUCGAAACUUCGACGAGGAAAGGGCGAUGAGCGAGAUGGACCACUGCCAGAUGACGCCUCCACGUCGUCCCUUCCCUCGGGAGCCAUGUCUCCAAGCUUGUCUCACCCCUCCUCGCGAGGCCACGCUUCGAAACCAUCCACAGGCACGGCGGGCAUGAUGCGAUCAACGUCCAGUCUACAGGUGCAAAGAAAUUCCUUGAUCUCCCCCCCGAGCGCCCCCGCAAUGCAGGACAAAACGGUGUCGAUUGAGCAAUCGGUGCGAAAGUUUAGGAUAUUCGAGGCAUUGAGAAGUGGCGAUACGGCCUCCAUCUCGAAGGCUCUACGAGAGACGGAUGCAAGUGCACAUCGCAUGAGCACAUCCACCGUCUCUGGUGUUGGGGCUUCUGGCGCUCUGGAGGAUACGACCAUACUGCAUCUGGCAAUUCAAUGCGCGGAGCAUCCUGUGAUUGAAUACAUUCUGUCUGACGGAGCUGGCUCGAUUGAUGUCAACGCAAGAGAUAAGGAAGGGAAUACGGCUUUGCAUUUGGCAGCACAACAAGGACGCGGACCUGCUGUUCGAUUACUUUUGGAGCAGGAGGGAAUCAAUGAUUCGAUUGCAAAUUACCAUGGCCGUUUACCCCUUGAUCUUGCCCGAACACCUGAUAUUUUCCAGCAACUACAACUAUCCCGUUCAAUAUUUGUCGAUGGAAAGAUUAGGCAAGUACAGGCUUUGGUUCAACAGGGAGAUUACACAAGACUAGGAGAAGUGCUGGAAGAGCCCCGUGUGAAGACCGUUCUGGACAUCAAUGGAGGGGAAUUUGCAUCUGAUAUUACAACUAUACAAUCCGGGGGUACUCUGUUGCACGAAGCUGCGAGAAAGAAGAAUACUGCGUUGAUCGAGGUUCUACUUCGCCAUGGUGCUGAUCCAUUUCGCCGGGAUCGAAGAGGGAAACUGCCACAGGACGUUACCAAGGACGACAACACGAGAGCGAUGCUCAAGAAAUCGCCUGCAGCGGUGGCAGCACAACGUGGGAUACAAGAAAAGGCCGUUCUAGGAAAUGCAUCUCAGCAAGCUUCACACGCUCCUCCCGGGGACGCUCUUGCAGGAAAGGAUGGUCGAGAGAUGAAAGGGUAUCUUAAAAAGUGGACAAACUAUCGGAAAGGAUAUCAAUUGCGUUGGUUUGUGCUUGAGGAUGGGGUAAUGAGCUACUACAAACAUCAAGACGAUGCCGGUUCUGCUUGCCGAGGAGCAAUCAACAUGCGAAUCGCGAGCCUCAAUAUGGAUCCUACUGAGAAGACCAAGUUCGACAUUAUUGGCAAAUCCUCUGUCAAAUAUCAUUUGAAGGCCAAUCAUGAAGUUGAAGCCAAGAGAUGGUUUUGGGCACUGAAUAAUUCCAUCCAAUGGACGAAAGAUCAAGCAAAGGAGGAAGAACGACAGAGGCAUAAGAGUGCAGAACUUCUUAGGCAAGCAAAGGCUGAGCAUACUAACCCUUCCACCUCUGACCUCGUACCUCCUGGAGGCGAAAUGAGUGAUCGAGACGCACGACGAAGCAGCUUUCAAUCUACCCACAGUCGCCUAAUACCACAACCAAGCAAAAAUGGAAGCAGCAGCAAAGUAGCAUUCAACACAGGAAGUGUGGCGGACGACGAUGAUGGCACCGCAUAUGGAUCUUAUGAUCCAAGUUAUAUGGGUGAGACCAAGGCCACAAGUCAAGGACCUUCACCUGAUGGCGAUGAUGAGGAAGACUAUGGUGAAAAUGAUGGAUCAAGCGACCGUGAACAGCCUGUUGCAAAGGAUGCGUUUGAUAUCAUUGCUCAGUCAGCGAAGCUGCAGUUGGAUAUGAUGGGGCAGGUGAAUGCAGCAUUGCAAAGCGAGCAACUACGGAACUCAUCGCUGUCUAUCGGCGAUCCUCUGGCUCUUCAAGCCGUAUCAACAUACGACUCCUCUAUCCGUAAUCUGAAGGGUCUUGUUGGGGAUUUACUCAAAAUAUCCAAAGACAGAGACGCAUACUGGCAAUACAGACUUGAUCGCGAGGCAGACAUGCGUCGUAUGUGGGAAGAAAGUAUGGCCAAGGUAGCCCACGAGCAAGAAAUACUCGAGGCUAGAGUCGGCGAGGCAGAGGAAAAGCGAAAGAUCACCAAGAGAGCUCUUCGUGAGGUCAUCAGUGGUAACGCACCUAUAACCAGUCGACCUGUUAGUCGUGGCGAGGCGGAUGCCGAAGAAGUCGUCGCUGAAGCUCUUGAGGAGGUUGGUAUGGACAAUGAGGUUACUGCCCCUAGUGCUGUCACACGCAAGUCUUCAGCUUCGGUCAAGAGCGCUACUCGUCAACAGUCGGUAUUGAAUCAGAUUACCAACUUAUCCGACUCUGAAUCCGAGGAUGAAGAGGAGUUCUAUGAUGCUGUAGAUGCUGGCGAAAUUGAACUUGCGUCGAUGCCUGCCGUUAGUGUUAAGGAUCAGAAAGGAAACCGCCCUGAAGUAGGCGCACUUGACCUUACUUCUUCAUUCAGUGGUUACGAAGAUGGUAUUCGCAAGAGACUUAAGAUGGAUGCCGAUGACAGACCUAAGAUAUCCUUAUGGGUAAGUCACGAUCCAUAAUUUAUUGUCCACAAGCUAAUUUCCUUGCAGAGUAUUCUCAAGUCUAUGAUUGGUAAAGAUAUGACAAAAAUGACCUUACCCGUCUCUUUUAACGAACCUACAUCUUUACUUCAACGAUGUGCAGAAGAUAUGGAAUAUGCCGAUCUUCUGGAUAUCGCUGCCGAACGAACUGAUUCUACAGAGCGUAUGGUCUACGUUGCAGCAUUUGCAGCAAGUGAGUAUGCCUCGACCAUUGGCCGAGUUGCAAAACCUUUCAAUCCUCUAUUGGGUGAGACGUUUGAGUAUGUACGACCAGACAAGAACUAUCGUUUCUUCAUCGAACAAGUCAGCCAUCAUCCACCUAUUGGUGCAGCCUGGGCAGAAUCUCCAAAGUGGACUUACUAUGGAGAGUCUGCUGUCAAAUCCAAGUUCUAUGGAAAAUCUUUCGACAUCAAUCCUCUUGGGACGUGGUUCUUGAAGCUUCGACCCAGUGGCUCAGAGACCGAAGAACUGUACACCUGGAAGAAAGUAACGUCCUCAGUCAUUGGUAUCAUCACAGGAUCACCUACUGUUGACAAUUACGGCCCAAUGGAAGUCAAGAAUUGGAAUACCGGUGAGGUUUGUGUCAUUGAUUUCAAAGCCAGAGGAUGGAAAGCAUCAAGUGCCUACCAAAUCUCCGGACGAGUCAACGAUGCAGAUGGUCAAACACGAUAUAGUAUCGGUGGACGCUGGAACAGCAAAAUGUACGCUCGUCUCACACCAGGCUAUGAAGCUACUCCAGAAGAGCCGAAAGCAGGUCGUGGUAAUGAUGCCUCUCAAGCAUUCCUCGUAUGGGAAGCCAAUGCUCGACCAACUGGAAUCCCGUUCAAUCUUACGCCUUUCGUCGUCACACUCAAUGACUGCAACGACAAGUUGAAACCUUGGUUACCGCCAACCGAUACGAGACUCCGACCCGAUCAAAGGGCUAUGGAGGAUGGAGAGUACGAAUUCGCUGCUACGGAGAAGAAUCGGGUUGAGGAGAAGCAGAGGGCUACCCGACGGAAGAAGGAGGAGACUGGGGAGGAGUUCAAGCCGAAGUGGUUUGAGAAGGAUGUGUGUCCAGUCACUGGGGAGAGUUACUGGAAGUUUAGUGGGAGAUAUUGGAGUGAGAGAGAGAAGGCACUUACUGGGGAGGUAUGGAAGGAGGUUGAGGAAAUAUUUUAGAGGGAUGCGAGGAAAAAAGGGGUUUGUGGAUAGGAUCGGGUAUGUAUGGAUAUUGAAUAUAUGUCUUUUCUUCUAUCUUUUGGAGGGACUUGGUAAUGGUUUGGUGGAUGGCUGGAUGGGAUGUGUAUAAGGCAUCAGUUCAGCUCUUUCUUGGGCGUGUCUGUAGUCAUAGGACUUUUUCUUUUUUUGAUGGCUUUUUACACUUCUCGGUUUGAUACUUAUGAAUGAAUGACUUGUUAGCGUUGAGUGGUACUUGAGACUUAAGACUUGAGAAUUAUGAG